UGAUCGUACUGGUUCAGUCAGAGAGGACAUCCUUUAACUAUAUGCUAUGAAGAAGGUUGCUGCAGAAGCUUUGAAGAGGAAAGGAUGGGAGGUUGCCGAGUUGGACCUCUAUACCAUGGACUUCAAUCCCAUCAUUUCCAGAAAGGACACCACAGGUAAACGGAAGAACCCUGAGAACUUUCAGUAUCUUGCUGAGUCUGUUCUAGCUUAUAAAGAAGGCCGUCUGAGCCCAGAUAUUGUGGCUGAACAAAAGAAGCUGGAAGCUGCAAAUCUUGUGAUAUUUCAGUUCCUACUGCAGUGCUUUGGAGGACCUGCCAUUCUGAAAGGUUGGUUUGAGCGAGUGCUGACAGGAGAGUUUGCAUACACAUAUGCUGCCAUGUAUGACAAGGGAUCAGCAGCUCCAUGUGUUCUCUUCACAGUGUCCAUGGGGACAUGAAUAUCAUUCUCUGGUCAAUUCAGAGUGGCACCUUGCAUUUCUGUGGCUUCCAAGGCUUAGAACCUCAACUGACAUGCAGCAUUGGGCACACUCCAGAGGAUGCCCGAAUUCAGAUCCUGGAAGGAUGGAAGAAACGUCUGGAGAAUAUUUGGAAUGAGAC